GCUGGAGACCGAGUUUAAUAUACAAAAAGUGCGGGGAAAUAUCAACCCAUCAGCUGUCAGCCGUUUCUCCUACUCUGCAAAUGAGUCAUUCAACUUCGUGGGCACAGAUAAAGGAUUGCUUUUAGUAUGGGUUGUUAACGACUGUGAGACAAACAAAUCUUACUAUGUAUCUAAAAAAUUUGAAAACGAUUGUGUUGUGAUGUGCGCAUGGGAGAAAUCUGCAAUAGUUCCUUCCAUUUCGCGAGUUGCUGUCAGUUACAAAAAGGGGAUUGUGUGUAUUUAUUCAUUUAAACCGUCGGAUGUUUCUUCAACUCCAAGCAUCGUACAGUUGACCCGCUUUUAUGCUCAUGAGGCGGAUAUCUGUCAUAUUGUAUGGCGCUCAAGUGCUUCUGCAUCAUCGUCAGAUCCUGAGAUUCUUACAUGUGGACGUGAUCAGAUGGUUAAGGUAUGGAAUGUCACCACUUCAGAAUGCACUUCAUCUUACCAAGUUCCCGGUGAAUUACGUCAAUAA